CCUUUUCGGGGCUCCGUAGUUUUUCCUCUUUACCUGUUUAGUAGCUAAUGAUGGCUGAAGCUCCUCCAUGGCCCAGCCGGUUUUUCUGUCAUAGAUGCUCAGCAGAGAUCAAUCCUCGGCUUCCCGAGUAUACAUGUCCAAGAUGUGAGUCAGGGUUUAUUGAAGAACUGCUGGAAGAAAGAAGUGCUGACAAUGGCUCCAUGUCUACCAUCUCCAGCGGGCCCCAGAAUCAACAACCAUUUGAGAAUGCGGACCAGCACCUGUUUACAUUCCCUUCAGGCUAUGGCCAGUUUGCCCUGGGUGUCUUUGAUGAUAGCUUUGACUUUGGGGCUGGACUCACAACAGAGGAUAACAGGGAUGCUGAAAACCGUCGGGAAAGGGAAGCUGCAUCUCGGCAACGAUAUGGUGCCAGGCAACCAAGAAGUCGCCAUGGUUCAAGACGACAAGCAGGGAGACACGAGGGAGUUCCCACUUUAGAGGGAAUCAUUCAGCAGCUAGUAAAUGGAAUAAUUGCACCUACGGCAAUGCCAAACAUUGGUGUUGGACCCUGGGGUGUUCUUCACUCAAAUCCUAUGGACUAUGCCUGGGGUGCUAAUGGAUUAGAUGCUAUUAUAACACAGUUAUUAAAUCAGUUUGAGAAUACAGGACCACCACCUGCUGAUAGAGAUAAAAUAAAAAGUCUUCCUACAGUACAAAUUACAGAUGAGCAUGUUGCUUCAGGACUGGAAUGUCCAGUGUGUAAAGAAGAUUACAGUGUUGGUGAAAAUGUGAGGCAGCUCCCAUGCAAUCACAUGUUUCACAAUGAUUGCAUAGUCCCUUGGUUGGAACAGCAUGACACUUGUCCAGUGUGCAGGAAAAGCUUGAGUGGACAGAACACAGCAACAAACCCUCCAGAACUAUCAGGGAUGAAUUUUACCUCCUCCUCUUCCUCCUCCUCCUCAUCAUCAUCCUCCUCAACACCCCAGUCCUCAAGUUCAACCAGCAAUGAGAACUCCACAGAUAAUUCGUAGGAAGAACAUGUGUCACCCCAUGAGCUGUUUUUAGCUCUCAGGCUGCUGUACUUCAGAGCAGUGACCUCCAUCCUCUCCCUGCCGAAGGGCCGAAACCUGAGUGCAUCUCCCCAGGAGCACUCACGCUGAUUCACGGAUAAGUGAUACAUGAGGCCCAUGUAUUUCUGCCCAUCCUGUUGCUCCCACCUUCAUCAGGAUUCUGAACAAAGGAAGGGCAGAGGCCUGGAGUGCACCUUCAGUCAGGGAGGAUGCAUAGAAGCAUGGAUACUUAAAGAGGCUUGAUCUGCCUGAAUCACCUCAUACAAGAAGAGAAAAAAAGAAUCCAAAGGUAGAAAACUAGAACAAGACAGUUGCUGUUCUUUUUUUUAUUUCUCAUUUUUCAAUCUCUUGAUUUGUUUGUUUUAUGAUGACCCACUUUUUUCAGUAAAGCAAGAGAAUAAUAAAGCUAUCCCUUUUUAAGGAGCAUUCAUAUCUCGCAUAUUAAAUGACCCAAAAUGCACUAUAGUGCACUGCUUAAGCGUGCACUUUGAACUUACAUUGAAACAAUAUUAUAUCUGACCCCUUUAGCUCUUUAAAAAAAAAACUGACAAUAGUUUCUAUAAUUAUUUUAUUGUCAACCUGUACUUGCUAUUUUAAGAUUACCUGAAUCACACAGGUACCAUUGUUUGCACUUGAAAUGAUCUGUUAAAUUGCAGUAAAUUUUUUAUCAAUUGCCACAUACUUUAUGAUUUAUAUUUGCAACCAUAAAAGAUGUUUCCACAUAUGAUACACGUGAUACAUUUUGAAACAUUUCUGUGCAUUUUAAUUUAAACAUAAAUAUUUUCAAAAGUUGCCAGUUGAAUUCCUCUUGAUUUGCAGUAUGAUCAUGUACAGACAAAACUGUCUAACAGAUGAAAAUAAAGAUGUUUGGGUGCUAGCACUCAUUUCCUGUAA